ACGAGUGGAGCAGGAUCAGGAAGGCGAGAGAAAGAGAGCAGAGAAGGAGACCGAAGAACCACACAGAGAGAGAGAGGGAGGGAGAGAGUGAGAGAGAGGGCUUUGUGCAGAUAGUGCAGGAGCAAGUCGCGAUUCCCCAGGAAAAGGGAGGUGCGUCCUUCCAUCUUCUCAUGGGAGAUUUAAACUGGCUUCAGAUUGGCUCCAGUCUGACGGAGGAUUCCCCCGCUUGUGGAGUACGGCUCCCUCUUCUAAUGUAACACUGGACUUUGUUGUGAAGCGGGAGAGAGGCGCACAGGAAGGAGGGAGAGGAACACUUGGUCCGACUUCCUUUGUACCCAGCCUGCUUGACAGAUGGCACUGGCAGAAUGAUCUUUGACUCUCACCCAGCGACCAGUCCUCGCUCCACUCACUGAGGCAUUAACCACGUGGAGACAGCGACACUCUGGGGCAUAAGAAAGGACCUCACCCUUCGACAUGGGCACAACCAAGGCUGACAGUGUCUUCCUCUGCUGCAGCAACGCCAAAAUGAGCACAAAGUGACAACAAACAACCUCCCAGCCUUUUACACGGCAUCAGCAUUAAUAUUCAAGGGCUGACAGUUGGUGCCUUCCUCUUUAGCAUUAGCAACAGCAGCUAAGGUAACAGCUUUGGCAGCUCGGACUGUAGCACAGCCAAUGUGUAAGUGUGUGUGUAACUUGGCCUGCCAGUCCCUGGGGAGGACCAGCAAAGGAGUUGUGUUACACUCCCUGACAGGCCUUAUACAUGUUUCAUCUGCUGCUCUCAGAACAGAAGCCCCCUUUGUUAUCUAAUCCAGCCCUCUCCUCCCCAGCCUGAGAGACUGAGUUUACUGCCACAAGACUGCUCUUCACAGUCUGUCAGCCAGCCACUGAACUGAUACAUAUCAACCAACAGCUGAGGAGCAGCAGAAGGACUUGGUCAGGCCCCAGAUAUCUGCUAUCAGGACUUCUCAGCCUGUCUUUCAAUCCAUUGGCUGGCAUGUGGACAGGGCUUUAAAAUAAACAAGAGGAACCGAGGGGGCUGUGUGAGGUCCACCUGAGUCAAGAUUGUCAAGGAUCUAAAUUGUGCCUCAUCUGUUCAGCACUAAACCUCAACUUUUCGGUAGCUAGUAGCCCUUCAAGCUGCAGGAUUGCAAAAUCUGCAAUUCUUUUAACCAGGGAAGUUCUUUAGGGGUUGCAUUUGCAUUUUAUUCAGCUAGUCAGGACCAUGAGUGACACUCUUAGACCUCCUUCACUCCAGGUGAGCGUCCCAAACGACGCUCCGGCAUACUCAGACGGAGGAAGCAACGCCGUGUCAGAUGGUUCCGUGCAAUCCAGCUCCUCGACCCCAACCCUCCGCCGCAAGCGCUUCAAGAUGCGCCGUAUGAGGAAUGUGCCCAGCGAGAGGGAGACCGAAAGAGGGCGACUGAACGACGCCCACCUCGCAGCCAGAUCCCGUUCCGGCUCCAAGGAGUACCUCCAGCUGCCCUCCAUUGAGAUCACGCCCUCCAGCGAUGAAGAUGCCCCUUCCUCCUGGUCCAGAUGUUCCACGCCCAGCGCCUCCCCUCGCCGCAAGCGUUUCCUGUUGAGGAAGUGGCUGAAGGUCCGAGAGAAGAAGGAGCAAGGCAGUGAGAGCAGCAGUCAGCAGAGCAGCCAGCAGAGCAGCCAGCAGAGCAGCCAUGAAGACGACAACACUCGCUUCUUGACUCCAUUAAUCCGAGAGGAGAGGUCUGACAGUGCAGCCGACAAAAUCAGCACUGCCAGUAACUCAAACAAGAGCACACCUGCCUGCUCACCAGUCCUACGUAAACGCUCGCGCUCUCCCACACCGCAGACCCAGGAGGGUGAGAACAUGGUGGAGAAGGGUUCAGACCACUCCUCUGACAAGUCCCCCUCCACGCCUGAGCAGGUUGUCCAGAGAACAUACUCCCUGCAGUCAGCACGAAGCGGGGGAAAGAACUCAAAGUAUGACAGACUAAACCUGAUUAAAAAAAGCCAAAGCUGGUACAACCAUGAAAGACAACACAUCCUGAGAGUGCUGAGCCCCACAUACAAGCAGCGUAAUGAGGACUUUAGGAAACUCUUCAAGCAGCUCCCUGACACAGAGAGACUCAUUGUGGACUACUCCUGUGCUCUUCAACGGGACAUCCUCCUGCAGGGACGACUCUACCUCUCUGAGAACUGGAUUUGUUUCUAUAGCAACAUCUUCCGCUGGGAAACACUGCUGACAGUGCGGCUAAAGGACAUCUGCUCAAUGACGAAAGAGAAGACUGCCCGCCUCAUUCCCAAUGCCAUCCAGGUCUGCACAGACACUGAGAAGCACUUUUUCACCUCGUUUGGAGCCAGGGACAGGACGUACAUGAUGAUGUUCAGACUGUGGCAGAAUGCACUGCUGGACAAGCCUCUGUGCCCCAAAGAAUUGUGGCACUUUGUUCACCAGUGCUAUGGCAACGAGCUCGGCCUAACCAGUGAUGAUGAGGACUAUGUUCCCCCUGAUGAUGACUUCAACACCAUGGGGUUCAGUGAAGAGAUUCCCAAUGAAGAGAAUGAGAUCAACAAUGACAACUUGUCUAAGAGCAGCACUGAGGCCAAGCCUGAAGGGAGCCCUCCUCCGCUACAUAAGAAGGUUGUCCCUAACAGCACCAUCCCCAGCCCAGGCAACCAUGACACACCCAUCACAUUUGACCUCCCAGAGGAAUACGCAGACUGUCUACCAGACGGCGAGCUGCUGGCUGUGCCACUGGUGGCAGAAGAGAAGAACAAUGAUACCAGUGGGCCUGGUGGUCCUGUGCCCUCACCCUCACUUGACUUCAACGACAAUGAGGACAUCCCCACUGAGCUCAGUGACUCAUCGGAAACACACGACGAGGGUGAAGUACAGGCUUUCCAUGAGGAUCUGAACGGCAGGCAGUACAUCAACGAGGUCUACAAGUUCAGUGUGGACAAGCUCUACGACAUCCUCUUCACUGAGUCGCAGUUCAUGAGUGACUUCAUGGAGCAGAGGCGAUUUUCAGAUGUGGUCUACCACCCAUGGAAGAAAGAGGAGGCUGGGAAUCAGACCAGAGAGAUCUUGUACACCAUCUCCCUCUCAAACCCACUGGCCCCUAAAACAGCCACAGUCACUGAGACACAGACUCUGUACAAAGCCAGUCAGGAGAGUGAGUGUUACAUCAUUGACGCUGAGGUCAUUACACAUGAUGUGCCCUACCACGAUUACUUCUACACUCUCAACCGCUACAUGCUCACCAGGGUGGCCAAGAACAAGUGUCGGUUACGGGUAUCGACAGAGCUACGCUACAGAAAGCAGCCAUGGGGGUUGGUGAAAGGCUUCAUAGAGAAAAACUUCUGGAGUGGGCUGGAGGAAAAUUUCCGGCAUCUUGAGUUGGAGCUGUCCAAGCUGGAGGAGAUACUGACUGAGACCCACCAGCUGUCUCCGAAGGCCAAGGCGGUGAAGAACUCCACGGUGAGGCGGAAGAAGAGGCCGCUCCCCCACAUGCGCAGCCAGCAUCUGGACGAGGCACUCAGCCCUGUUACCACGCCGACGGACGAAGAAGUGAUUCAGAGGAUCAAACAAGUGGCAGGAUCCACACAGACCCGACACCAGAGUCCAGAACACCAUCACAUGCCUGGAAGCCUCGCUCUUUACAGUGUCUCCAAACUGCUGCUCAUCAUCAGCUUUGUCCUGGUCCUGCUGGUGUUCCUCAACAUGAUGCUCUUCUAUAAACUGUGGAUGCUGGAGUACUCUGCACAGUCCUUAACGACCUGGCAAGGUCUACGGCUUCAUGAAAGUAAACUGCCUCAGACACAGAUGGAGUGGGCCCAGCUCCUGGAGGCGCAGCAGCGUUACCAUGACACGGAGCUGCAGAAGUGGAGGGAGAUAAUCAAGUCGUCAGUGGUGCUGUUAGACCAGAUGAAAGACUCUUUAUUGAACCUCCAGCGGGGCAUUGGUUUAAGUGAAUACAGCUCUGAGGCGGAGGAGAAGAGAAGUCGCUAUCACUGACACACCACCACAAGGCCAUGAGGGCGUGCUGUGCAAUAUAGGACCUGUUUUUGUUUGUGAACCAGUAUGCAGGCAGCAGCAAGAGAGAGAGAGGGAGGAUAGAGGGGGAAGCGGGACCAACAGUGAGCUGGUCCAACAGACAAAGAGGAACGGAGGGUAACCAGCGCACAGAGGGUUAAAAAAAAACACCCCCAGAGGAGGAAGUCAUGGACAGAAAGUGCCCCUAUCACACACAGGAACUGAGGUGUCCCCAACAUCACUGAGGCACUGAGGGACGGUGCGAGACACACACCUUCUCUACACUUGUGGGAUAACUGUUUCCUUCUACUCUCUUUAUUUCCAAGUGCAUCCUUCUGUAAGCCAUGUCGACCAGGAGAGUGGCAGAGAGAAAGAAGGAAAACUACUGCAUGCAUUUAGACAACCUAGCUCCCCUCAGUCAGUGUUAAUGUGGUCCAGUUCCAGUCUAUGUGUGUCAAAAAAAAGAAGAACAGAAGAAGAUGAGAGAUUUUGUCAAAGGAAAGGGGGGUCCUUUCGAGUCUUAAUGGCUUUCUACACUCUCUCGACUGUUCCAAACCAAUCAUCCCCUAGAGGUCCUCGCUGCAGCGUCCCUUUUGCAAA